AUUAAAAAUAACCUAAACCAUGCUUUUUCCAGAACUUUAAUCAUUAGAUGACUUCGAAUAUAUUAAAAAUCUUGGAUCAGGAUAUUCUUCAACAGUUGAUCUAUAUAAACACAUUUAAACCAAUAGAAUAGUAGCCGUGAAGAAGUUAUCAAUUAAGAAUUUAUCUUAAUCCGAAUGCAGAAAGACAUAUGAUACCGAAAUUACUAUCCUGACCAAAUUAAAAGGUUGCUCAAAUGUAGUUUAAUUAAUCGGGUUCGGAUUCUACACAACCAUUGAUAAUAGUACUAGAAGGACGAAAACUCUAAACAACUAUUUCCUUAUCUUAGACUACAUUGAUGCAUAACCCUUGGAUAAAAAUAGUGAAAGAAUUAUUAAAUAAUUCUACUACAAACUUUUAUAAACUGUGUAAAAGAUCCACGAAUUAGAAGUAGUUCAUAGAGAUUUAAACCUAAACAAUGUGCUGAUCUAGAAUAAUGAGCCUAUACUCAUUGAUUUUGCCUUUGGUGCAGUCACAAAUGGCAAGUAGAAAUUUGCUGAAUUCUUUGGAACUAAACCUUAUGUUGCUCCAGAAAUUGUUGACGGAUAAUCCUACCUCCCCUACCCUUCUGAAGUUUACAGUUUAGGAGUAAUUUUAUUGGAAUUGAUAAAUAACAACGAAACCUAGGAAAUAGCAGCUUAAAUGAUGCAAUAAAAUCCAUAUAAAAGACCUAACCUGGAAGAUGUGAUUGCUCAUCCUUGGUUUUAAUUUUGAUUGUAGUUAUUUGUAUUUCUCUAAUAUCAACUAUCACCUUAUCUAAUA